UCCUGCCGCCCUGGCCCCGCCCCGUCCCACCCCGCCCCGUGCGCGCCGCCGGCUCCAGGUCAGGGCGAGCGAGCGGGUUCUCAUUAACAUGGAGGAUGAGUUCUUUGGAGAAAAGAGCUUCCAACAUUAUUGUGCAGAAUUCAUCAGACAUUCACAACAGAUUGGCGAUGGCUGGGAAUGGAGAACAGCCAAGGAAAGUUCUGAUGGCUACAUGUGCAAAACACAGUUUCGAAUGAAGAAUGAGACCUCGACAGCACAUGUGGGAACAGCUGCCAGUGUGCUUACAUGUCUCCCUACAGAGGAGAAUUUAGAGCUACCAAUGGAUGAUUCUGAAGUGACAAAACCUGCAGCGGUGGCAGAAGUGAUUAAACAUGAGUACCAUGUCUUAUACUCUUGUAGCUACCAAGUGCCAGUUCUUUACUUUAGGGCAAGCUUUUUAGAUGGGAGACCGUUAGCUCUGGAGGAUAUAUGGGAAGGUGUUCAUGAGUGCUAUAAGCCGCGGCUGCUCCAGGGACCGUGGGACACCAUCACCCAACAGGAGCAUCCGAUACUUGGGCAACCAUUUUUUGUUCUACAUCCCUGCAAGACAAAUGAAUUCAUGACUGCUGUGCUAAAGAAUUCACAGAAAAUCAAUAGAAAUGUCAACUAUAUCACAUCAUGGCUGAGCCUCGUGGGGCCAGUGGUUGGUCUGAAUUUACCUCUGAGCUAUGCUAGAGCAACAUGACAAUCGGAGUGACGUGUUAACAAGCAAGAUCCGCUGGUCUUAGAAACUGCAGCAUGAAGAUUGCCAAGAGCUGUACAUGGAAAUGGGACUGCAAUAUCUCACAUCACCAAGAUUUGAUGGGGAUUUCUUUCCUCAGAAAGAAGACAUCUGCAGAAACCUGUUUGGAAUAGAACAUGUUGUGUGGAAGAAACAUGUCACAGAUUCCGAUCACUAUAAAUAACGAGAAUGAACCUACUUCGGUGAUAAUGUCAUUUCUGAUGUCAUCAGGGCGUGCACAGGUCGCUUUUGCCUAGGCACAGUUCUCAGUUCUCCUGCUGUGGAGAUUGAUGGGGAAGUGUAUUUGUGUGCUCGCUUUAGUGUACGAUGAAUGAAAAUUAAAAUGUAGAACUUGCCUGUUUCUGAAAAUUAAUGUAAUAAAUAUGACACAUCUCAAAUUAUUCUCCCACAGUCCAAUUCAGGAGCAAUGGAUUAUUUCUCUAUCACUCACCAAAAAAAAAAAGUGUGUAUGUGGUGUGUGUGUGUAUGUGGUGUGUAUGUUAACACACACAUAAAAAAUUAGAUGCAGAAUAAAGAAUAGCUGAUCAUUUUAAUAUAAUAAUGUGUUUUACAAGCUAAGUAUGGAAUGGUAACUACAGGUUUUUUAAAUAGCUAUAGAAAACAUUUAAGCAUUGCAAAUGCCUUUUUUUUUUGAUAAAAAUAACACAAUCAUUUUCCUUCUUCCUAUGAGACCCACGACUGCUCUGUUGAAUUACUGCAGGCCUCUCUUCAUAGCCCUACAAUGUUCUGUGUAAUAUGAGAAUAACAAACUGUCUCAUAAUGUUGCUGUGAGAACUAUAUGAAGUCAUUAACACACAAUUAUUGAAAAGUGUAUACAAAUACUAAUUAAAUACUCACCUGCUGCAUAAUUGACUACUGAUACUUUAUCUCAUAAUAUGUUUCAUAGCCAGCAAGGCAUCAAGUCAAAACUUAUCUGGAGGAAUAAGAGGUUGCUUUAUUUUAGAUUUUUGUUUUCUAGAAGGUGAAAGUAAGUGGAAAAUACAAUUUUUAUAGUUCCUUCCGUGAACUGUGCCCAGCAGAAUCACCUGAGGAUGGCGUAUACCUACAAAUGCCAGAGCCACCUUCUGGAACAUCCUGCCUGGGGUAACCUUGGCAGCCAUACUCCCUGGAAAACCUCUGCUUUGGAUUAACCUUUACGAUAGCAUUGGUUUAUGUUCCAUUAGUCCCAGCAAGCCUUGUUGGUCUCUAAAUGAGAGACUUGCUUCCUGGUGUUUGUCAACACAGGGUUCCAUCAUAACCUGAUAAACUCACUGUUAAUAAUACUGUAAGCUGAUAAUACUGUAAGCUGAAAAUGUGUUUAAUAAAUCUGACCUA